AUGAUGGGCUUGGGCCGUGUACUGCGAUGGCUUCGCCGAAGCUCAGAUGCGGUGCAUCAGAUGGAGGAAGGCGGCGAGGGCGGCGCGCGGUUUUCUCGCAGCACGUCUCGCCGACACCUCAACGGCAAUGGCAGACCCACGGCCAUGUCCGUCUUUGAAACCUCAAGACGCAACUCCUUCUCGGGCGUCUCCACAGCAAGCUUCGAGUUUGUGGAGCCUGGUGCGGUGGCGUCCCCAACACAGAACGAACCAUCGACCUCGCCUGCGCCCACCGAAUUUGUAGUUGGCGACAAGCCCGUCUUCACAGGCGGCACAGCGGAUGCGUGGAUGAUGUACUGA